AUGGAAGCUAAAUUACAAAAACUCAAAGUGACAGAGCUCAAGGAACUCCUCGCGAAACAUCACUUAGUCCAGACGGGGAAGAAAGAUGAUUUAGUAAAGAGAUUGCUGGAUAACAACGUUAGCUUGGAUGAGGAACCGAGUGAAGAACUCGUCGACCCAGAUAUUACUGCGCCUGUGCCAUCAUCUGCACCUCAAACUUCGACUGCAGCUCCAAGUACCUCGACGACAGAGCAACCCACCUCAAAUGCAGCUCCUACUGAAAGCGCCGACGAAAUACCUUCAGAAGAUACUCUAACGCCCGAACAAAAAGCAAUGAAAGCCCGAGCCGAACGAUUUGGCAUUCCCUUCAACCCCAAGGCCACAUCUACAAAACAGACACAGAAACCGCCAACAUCUAAAAAUGGUGAUGGUAGUACGAAGAAAGAACUUCCCAAUGCCAAUGCCGGUCCACAGAAGAAAGAACCACAACAGAAAGCAGGAUCGAUAGAUGCUACUUCUUUGGGGAUCAGUCAAGAUGUCUUGGCUAAACGGGCUGCCAAAUUUGGUUUACCCGAGAAGAAGGAGUCUACCCCUGUUGCUGUAGCUGGUGCUGGUAAACCCGCGGAAAAGAAGGUGGAGAGUAAGAAAGAGGAAAUAACUCCUGAGAUGGCAGAAAAGAUCGCUAUUGAAGAAGAGAAGAAAAGGAAGAGAGCAGAGAAAUUCGGUUUGAAUAAACCUGUCAAUGGCAAUGAUAAUGUGACUGAACCGGACGCGAAAAAGGUAAAAGUAUAA